ACAUGAAGCAUAUUUACCUAUGUUGUUCUUGAUAAAAUAAUGAUUGUUUAGUAAGGUAGUAUAUACUCUUAGAUAGGUUUAAAGAAAAUAUAUUUAAAGGAAAUAAAGUAUUGUUGUUUUCAUAUUUACUUAUACUUUUGUGAUUCUGAUGCUUGUUUAAUAACGUACCUUAUAUAAUUCAUCACACAUAUCUAACACAUAAGUGUGGUGUCCCUGCUCAAAGGUAUUUUGGUAUUGGGAUUCAUGAUGCCAUAAUUUUGAAGACCACUGCCCUUGACUAAAGAUUCUUAAAUCUUUAAAUCUGGGGGGCAGGGAAUAGCCAGAGUCUUUGAGACAAUCAAAGAUAUAUAUCCUCUUGGGGAAAAAUUAUACAUACAAGCUGCCAAAUAAAAUUUUGUCCAGAAUUCAGGGCGAUCACAUGCCCACCGAAGAGCUGUUGUCACAGACUCUAAUAAAGCCCCUGGGUGAGGACAAGAAUGCCCUAAGGAGGUAUGUGACUUAUUUGGGGUGCACAAUGGCAUAAUCUGAUCUUUCAUUGAAGACCUGCUGAGCGUGCAAGUCACUAUAGGCUUCAGCCUGGGUGCCAAGGGUGCAACUCUAGCUGGGCCCCCAGGGAAUCCACAAGUUCAGUGGGGACUCCAGCGUGCAACAUAUAAUCACAAUAGCGUUUGCAUUUAGGAGAAACCUGUGUAUUUGACCGACAUUAAAUGACACCAAUUGUGUGAGAGCAUUUUGCUCAGCUCUACAGGAAACACAGAGAUGGGUAAGGGGACACUUGUAGAUAACCAAGUGCCAAUUACUUGCUCCAGCUUCCAGCACUUUUUCUAAGGCACCUUUUAUGUGGCCGAGCCUCCUGAUGCUCCUCUUUGGGGUCUGCAGCUCUGAUUCCUUUAUGCACUAAAUGAAAAUGUCCAAGUAAAGGGAGGUGAGGCAGCAGGUCAUCCUCCUUCCUAUUUCUAAGCAACCAAAGCUCGCUCUUUGGGUUUAUGUGCACGAGCAUGCAGUUCUUUGCCUGUGGAAUACAGAACUGAACUCUUAGAUAAAUUGGCAAAUGGAAGAAAACAGGGAGUAAUAAAGGAGGUAUGGAAUUUUAUAAGCUUCAUGAUCCCUUUCCCCAAAGGCCUGAAUCUAUGUAAUGAGGUAGUAGAACAAAUUCCUGCUGAGUCUGAAUUUAUAUAUAAAAAAAGGAAAGAUAGGAAUAAAGUAAAUGCAAUUUUUUUUUUUCUGCCCAGGUCAUUAGUUGAUAAUAUUUUUGAAGGUGAUAUGGAGUUUUUUUUCUUACAAAUAUUGGGCUCUUUGUAGGGACUAAAAAUAAACAGAGCAGCCCCAGGAAAUAGACAAGCAUUAUUGAUCUGUGUCAGGGCCAUUUCUACUUUAAUGUUUGCAAAAGGCACAGCCCAGUUUUGCAAACCUAUUUAUAGAGAACAGCUCCUUCAUUGCCAUAUAUAGAUGAUAAAAACAAGGUGGAUUGUCAGGUAACUUUGGUUUUUGUUAGGAAAUGGGACCAGGAGGGAUCUCCUUCAGAAUGAGUGAAGAGGGCUGUUCGCAUGUAUUCCUGGGGAACAAAGAAAAGAACCGUGGGAUGCAGUGUCUGCGCCCACGUUGCCCAGGGACAUGUUUCUGGCCCGAGUGCCGCCUCCAGCUGGUGUUUACCUCUCAGCUGCCCCAGCCUCCCUCCCCCUGUGCUGGGAGUAGGGCUGAAAACAAACAGGAUGCCUCCAAGACCCCUUCUGCCCUUCCGUCCCUGUGGAGAGCUCCAGCUCCCCAUUGGUACUGACCAUGCUUGCGUGCCCAUGUGUGUGGGCUCCCGUGUCUGUGUGCACAUACCCACACCUGCAGUGUUUUCCUGGGAUCCUCUCUGCAUUUGGUUCUCCAUUUACUUUUUCUUUUAAUUCUUAAAAUAUUUUGCCCUCCACUCAUUUCCUACCAGCGUCAUAUACUCCUCUAAUACCCCCAAGCCCCAAUUUCUCUAGUUUCCUUCCAUCCUUGGGCUCCACUCUGCUCUUUUCUUAGAACCAUCAGUUCAAUUCAACAAGCGUUUUGUGCGUGCUGAGCACCUGCGAGGUUCUGGGACUGAAGAGACAAACAAGACAGAAUCUCUGUCCUCGGGCUGCUCAGUCCAAGGGGACUUGCGGUCUGUGCUUUGCCCUCGUGCCUCUACUCCAGUUAUCGAUCACUCCCUCCGGGCAGGGAUUCCUGCCAGCAUCCUCCAGUGUAGUAACAGCUAGGUUUCAGUUCAGAAGACAUUAAUUCCCCUCUCUAAGGUCUGAUUUACGAAAAGAAGUGAGCUCGUAGCAAGGGGCUCACAUACCCCAACAUGAGAAAAGAGAAGGGCUUGGAUUCUGUGUGUUAAAAAUCUCAAAGGGAUGCUAAUGGGCCCGACCACCUUCGAGACGCUCAGAAGUGAUGUUGUCUCACCUGCGGGCAUGGUCGUCCAGGCUCUGGGGAAUGGCCUGUUGACAGUUUCUGCUCAGCUAUGGUGGUCUUCCGGCUAGCGCAGCACGGGAAUGCUCAAAUAACUGACUGUUUUUAGAUCGGUACAGAAAGCAGACAGACGAACCAACCCUGCUGAAGCAUAGGAACAGGGGACUCCAGUUUGGGGCUGGCAAAAUUGCUUUCCAUCAUCUCUCUGCCCAUUUCAUAUCUUUAGAUCUUUGACAGGUGUAGUUUCUCUGCCCAUCCAAAUACAACAUGAGUUUAUUUUCAAUGAAAGAAACACCAAGAAUAGUGACAGGCAGUACAUCUUUGAGGCACAAAAUCCUGCCGGUUGUGUACAGGUCAGACUUAUGUUAAGUGCCAGAGAAGGAACGUGCAAACUAAAAAACAUUUUAAAUAUAACCCUCACUUCUAUUACUUAGUCCUCCGAUAAUCACCUGACAAAUGGUGUUGGGGCUGAGAUAAUGUGAGUUCUUUACCCUUCAAGACUUUGCUGUGUGAACGGAAUUCUUCACUGGUUUCAUCACUCGUGAUAGGGGUAAUGUCUUUCUGGUGGCUGGGUGACCUCACUGGUUCCUGGCUUCAUUCUUCACAUCCUUUGGUGCCUUGUCAUGCUCCAUCCCUAGUCUUCCUCUGUUUCUUAUUCCAUACCCUCUGGAAUGUGUCACUAUGUGUGCUGUUCAUUCUGCCAUGUCUCUGAGUGGCAUGCAUCCAAAUGAUGACAGCUGUCUUUUGUGAGCCUCUUAUAAAGUCAUUCAUUCAUGCCUUUUCCAAGAGGAGGGAUGGUGUGAGGUCACUGGCAUGGCAAAAUCCAAAUUAUUUCUCAUCUUCCUGCAUGUUCUAUCACUGCCCACUAUUCUAGACCCAAUAAAAGGGGCCGGGACCAAAUCCACCAUAACUUGCUUGCAUGCUAUAGUCUUCAUGGUCACUGGCUGUUGUGUGGAAAACAGACUGGACUUAGCCAAAAGUGGAAGCCAAGGAACCGGUUAAGAGGCUAUGAGAAUAAUUCAGAGAAAAUCAGAUGGUGGUUUGCGUAAGGUGAUGGCAAUGGGGAUGGAGGGGAUAUAUAAGUUCAAGAUGGCAGAACAAACAAGACUUGCUGACGAUUUUCAUAGGUGUGAUAAGGAAUGGAAGCAUGAUACCUCCUAAGUUUUGGGGACAGGGAGGUUCAUUACGGAGGUACGCUGAAGGAGAGAGGAAGAGAGAUAGCACCAUUUAAGUUGGUUAAAUGAUAUUAUAAGGAUUUCUUUCAAUUACCUAGUGAGAAUUUGACCUAAGAUCAUGAAUAUUAAAAUAUACGUAAUAGCCCUUUGAAAACUAUGCAGUUCAGAAUGACUAUAAGGCGUUGGUAUUAUUUGCUUUGGUUCCAUGACAUGGCCUUGAUGGACUGGGCUGAUUUCCACCCACUGUGGCCCAUUAGUCAUCAGAAGUUCUCUGAGGGUAAGGGCAGGGCAGUGCCUUAUCUGUUGGACUCUCGGCACUAACAGUCUUACAGUAAUAGGUGUUUGGUAUGUUUGUUGAAUAAAUUAGAUUGCAUAUUUGAGUUAUGCAAGAGUUGACCAUCUGGAAACAAACAGCAUGUUUUGAAAAUACUUCAGUCUUUGAGGGGGUGUGCUACCUCCGUCAAACACCAGAUGCCAGAGUACCAGGAACCAAAUCAGCUGGGAGACAUGACCACCAGAUGGAAAUCCUCUAUGAACGUGGAAGCCAUUAGCAGAGUAAUUGCUGUCUGUUACCAUGACAACCAGCCGCUGCAGUCACCUGCCUGAAGUGUUGCCAGACUGCACCAGCUCAGCUGCGCCUGUGGUGAAGACCGUGGAGGACUGUGGCAGCCUAGUGAAUGGGCAGCCACAGUAUGUCAUGCAAGUUUCGGCCAAGGACGGGCAGCUGCUGUCAACAGUGGUGCGGACUCUUGCCACCCAGAGCCCCUUCAAUGACCGGCCGAUGUGCAGGAUCUGCCAUGAGGGCAGCAGCCAAGAGGACUUGCUCUCCCCCUGUGAAUGCACAGGGACCUUGGGGACAAUCCAUCGGAGUUGCCUGGAGCACUGGCUGUCAUCCUCAAACACCAGCUACUGUGAACUCUGCCACUUCCGGUUUGCAGUCGAGCGCAAACCCAGGCCGUUAGUGGAGUGGCUCCGAAACCCAGGCCCCCAGCAUGAGAAGCGGACUCUGUUUGGAGACAUGGUGUGCUUCUUGUUCAUCACGCCGCUGGCCACCAUCUCAGGCUGGCUCUGCCUGCGGGGUGCCGUGGACCACCUGCACUUUAGUAGUCGGCUGGAGGCCGUCGGACUGAUCGCACUCACUGUGGCACUCUUCACCAUUUACCUCUUUUGGACACUAGUGUCAUUUAGGUACCACUGUCGAUUGUACAACGAAUGGCGUCGGACCAAUCAGAGAGUAAUUCUCCUCAUCCCAAAGUCUGUCAGCGUCCCUUCUAACCAGCAGUCCCUGCUGGGCCUCCACUCUGUCAAGAGGAACUCAAAGGAGACCAUUGUCUGACGUCCGUGUGGCUGGUUUGCUGACUCGUUGUUUGGGGUUCUGGAAGUUUCUGCACUGGGGCCAUGCACUGAGCCACCUCCAAACCCUUCCUGAAGCCGUGGGUCUCAGGACAUCCGGAGCCGUGGGAGCACCUUGCCCGGAGCAAUGGACUCGGCCCCAAAGAAAGCAAACACCAUUUCACUUGGAAUCAUGGAUGCUGCAGUCACGUGAUACUUGCUGAGCUGCCAAACGUGCUUACUGACCAGAUACUAUAUGAAAUUUCCCAAACACCUCUGUAACAGAUGAGGAAGCUUGUCCUGCUAAAGAUGCAAUUCAAUGCUUCCUUUUUUAUUACAAUUUCAAAUAUAUAUAUAUAGAUAUAGAUAUAUAUUAAAGUCAGAUGAUAAUCACCAUGGAAAAGCCAAUGUUACAACUGGUUUCUUGGUUUGGACUGGUUUGGUUUUGGGUGAGUUUAUCUGUUUCCCGGUUUCUACUGUAGAUUCUUUGGGGUAAUUUGAUAACCAGAAUGGUCUUUUUUCAUCUCCUCCUUCUCUCUUACUCAAGGGGACAACAUAACAACUGCAGAGCAAGGCAUAGCUGAAGGACGUUUUGUACUAAACUUCGUUUAUUCCGUUUUUAAAGGGGGAAAAAAAAAAAAAGAAAGGCGUGGCAACUCUCCUCACAGUGAGCUGUUUAUUUAAAUUUCCUUAAGGAGAAAAAAAAUUAAGGUGAGAAGCACGCUCCUUUCAACUUGUUUGGUAUUGCCGGCUGAUAAAAACUAUUUUCUAAUAAUAAAUAUCCAGUGUGUCAAAGACAAA